ACUAAAUGAUUAAAAUUUUAUAAAAAUGAUGUCAAUUUCUUUCUCUCUCCACAUCAAUCCAUCUCUCUUUCUCUCUCAUCCUCUCUGCAACAAAACCAACUCUCUCACAAAACUUUUCAACACUUUUUCACAAGCAAUCUCUCAUAGAGAGAAGAAAAAAAUAAAUUAAGUAUAGAAAAUCCAAGGUUUUCUCAUUCAAUCCAAAUCCAUUAUUCUGCUUCAUUUCUCUUCCCCUUUUGAAACCCCUUUUUACUGUGCUUCAAAGUUUCAACCUUGAUCUUCUUCACCCAACUUCAUAGUCUCUCUUUCAUUCAGAUUUUAGGGUUUCCAUUAUUACUGGGUCACUUUCAAGUUCAUUCCUUUGAUGGAUUUUUGUAGUGUUUGGUCUUAAAUGGGUUAAAGGGUCAAGGUUUCUAGUGCUAGAUUUUUCAGUGGGGUCGUGGAUAAAGUGUAGAGGAAUCACAUUGUGUUUUGUGUAAAAAGGGAGGGUUUUUAUCUACUUGAUAAGAUGUUGCUUUGUGUUCUUUUGUUUUGGGGGCUUUUAUGAACAGUGGUUGCUUUUUUUGGAAGCUUAUUUUGGAAGCAAUUUACUUCACUUUUGAACGUGAUAGAUAGUAUUUAGUGCUAUCAUGGACUCGCACAUUGUUCUCUUUUGAUCCAUUUUGCUUUCUUUUUUUUCUUUUGAAUUUCGGCUCAUUUUUACUUGUGAAACCCGUGAAAUUUCUCUCUUUUAUUUAUGGUGUUGGAGUAGUUGGUUUUAUUAAUUUAGUGUAAUUUGGUAGAUCAGGCUGGUUUAUUUUAUGGGUAGCAUUAAUGAUUUAGCAUCAGAAAAUUUUGGAUAUAAGGGUCAUUGGAUUCAUGGUGAUGGUUGUCAAUAGCUUUUGAUGAUGUUUUAGUUUUAGUCAUAGAAUUGGGGUUUCUCGCGGUGGAAUCUAAGGAGGCCAUGGUGAUGGAGGACAUAGGGUUGUUCAAUCAAGUUUGGCAAUGGGUUAGGUCCCGAAAAGAUGCCUGUUGGCGGGCUCGAACUGUGGUAGUGUGUUGUAGAGACAGAACUGCGAUGUUUAUGGAAAGGCAUUGGCCUACGGUGUGUAAGGGUUGCUCAAAGUUGGGGAGCUUACUUAGGUUAUCAUUGAUUUUUUGGAAGGAUUCUGCUCUAAGGGGGUUUCAAUCGUUCAUUAGGUUUGGUUCGGUGAUGCUCUUGCUUAUAAUGUGGAGCUGCUUUCUUAGUCUGACUUCGAUGUAUUGCUUGGUUUAUGUGCUUGUGAGUAUGGUUACUGCUGGUGUUGCGAUCCAAUACUUGGGUUAUACUCCUGGGCUUUUUAUCGUAGGGCUUUUUGCUAUUCUUAUUUUGUGGAUGUAUGCUAACUUCUGGAUCACAGGAUUGUUACUCAUAGUUGGAGGUUAUUUGUUCUCCCUAAAUCAUGCACGCUUGGUGGUAUUAAUUGGAACCGCAUAUGCUAUGUAUUCUGUUCAAGUAAAAGUUGGAUGGCUGGGUGUCAUCCUUGCCGUAAACCUUGCAUUUCUUUCAAAUGACAUUUUGAAUUUUCUGCUCCAAUUGUUUGACAACGUGAGUGAAAGUCCGCAUUCUGAAGAGCAGAAGCAACCAGAACCAGUUCCAGAAGAUGACUUUGCUGAAGCGUGUGAAUAUCCUAUCCCACCGGUUGAAUCUGAGAAUUUGCAGUCAUGCAAAUCAUCCAGUAAACCACCCGCUGUCACCGCAUCAGUUGUUGAUAAGCAGAAAGAACUUUUGGUCAAUAAAGUUGUUAGAGAGCAAACAAAUUCAAUUGAUGAAAUGAGAAGGAUAUUGAAGAGUCUGAAUCAUUAUGAAGCCCUUGGAUUUAACCGCCACAAAAAGAUCGACGCAGCAGUUUUGAAAAAGGAAUACCGGAAAAAGGCUAUGCUCGUGCAUCCUGAUAAAAAUAUGGGCAGUUCCAUGUCAAGCGAGUCAUUUAAGAAGCUUCAAUGUGCAUACGAGGUUCUUGCCGACUCUGUGAAGAAGAGAGACUAUGAUGAACAAUUAAGAAAAGAAGAAUCCAUGGCUAAAAGUGUCUGCCAGAAAUCCCACAGUAGUUCACAUCAGGAUAAUACGGAAUAUCGUUCUGAAGAAUCCAGACGGAUACAGUGCACAAAGUGUGGUAAUUCACACGUUUGGGUGUGCACCAACAGGAGUAAGGCCAAAGCAAGAUGGUGUCAGGAUUGCUGUCAGUUUCAUCAAGCGAAGGACGGCGAUGGAUGGGUCGAAUAUAAGGGGUCUUUAGUUUUUGACAGGCCUCAAAAAGUUGAAAUCCCGCGUGCUUUCGUUUGUGCGGAGAGUAAAAUAUUUGACGUAUCGGAAUGGGCUAUAUGUCAGGGAAUGGCUUGUAGGCCUAACACUCAUCGACCAAGCUUUCAUGUAAACAUGGUUGGUUUAGAGAAAAGCCAGCGCUGCAAUUCAAGUAGAUUCCCAUGGGAUUUGGACGCCGAAAUGAUGAUGGACGAAGACGAAGAGGCGUUUGACCUGUGGCUUCAGCAGGCUUUAGCAUCCGGUCUCUUUUGCGAGUCUUCCAAACGCAGGAAGAGUUGGAGUCCAUUCAAAUUGCCUCAAAAGAAAGGGAAAAAACAAUGGCGAAGAACGUCGUGCUGAAAAGCUCAAUAGGGAAAAUUCAUGGUUCAUUGCCUUAUCCCUAAGGGAUUGGAUGGAGUAAACAUUUUGUAGAAGAAAAUCAAAAUGGAUUGUUGAGAUCAAAACUAAAAGGAAUUGCUAGCUAGCAACAGUCGAAACAGGAUGAGUCAUGAGAGAGCCAAAAACCUUGGCUUCUAGAAGUUUCACACAUUGCUCAUAUUCCUUAAGGUUUUCAGAACUGAGCAUAAGUAAUGUGGCCUUUUGUAUUCUUGUUGUUCUUAUGUUAGAUUAGAAGGUACUCUUUUUCAAUGCUUACUAAGGACUAGUCUUGGUCCUUUGUAUAUACAUGCUAAUAAAAAAAAUUAUCAUUUGCCUUCAAA